AUGGUAACAGUGACGGUUACGGUUAUGGUGACGGUAAUGGUCACGGUCACGGUCACGUUAACGGUAAUGGUUAUGGUGAUGAUAACGGUAAUAGUAACGAUAACGAUAAUAGAAACAAUAAUGGUAACGGUAAUAGUAACUGUAACAAUAAUUAACGGUAACGAUAACCAUAACAGUAACGGUCACAGUAACAGUAACGGUAAUGGUAACAGUGACGAUAACGAUAAUGGUAACGAGAAUAAUAACGAAAAAAGUAACGGUAACAGUCAUAGUAACAGUAAAGGUAAUGGUAACGGUAAUUGCAACAGUAAUGGUAACGGUAAUGAUAACGGAAACGGUAACGGUAAUGGUAAUGUCACGAUAACGGUGAUAGAAACGGUUACAGUUACGGUAACGGUUAUGGUGACUUUAACGGUGACAGUCAUGGUGACUGUAAUGGUGACGAUAAUGGUAACGGUGAUGGUAAUGACGAAAAUGGUGACGGUAGCAGUGAGGGUAACGGUAAUAGAAAUUUUAACAAUAAAUGGUGACGGUAACAGUAACGCUAAGCGUCACGGUAACGGUUACACUAACGAUGACGGUAACGGUAACGGUGAUGGUAACGAGGAAACAACACCCAAUCACAAUAAAGAAAUGCUCAAGCAUUAUUUCUUGCAUAGGUUUUCUGACUUGUAUCUAAAGGUGGAAGGAAUAGGUAACGGUAACGAUGACAGUAACGGUUACGAUAAUGGUAAAGGUAACGAUAACGGUAACGGUAACAAUGAAGGUGACAGUAACAGCAUCGGUAAUGGUGAUAGUAACGAUGAUGAUAACAGUGAGAGUAACGGGGACGGUAACGGUGAUAGUAUCGGUGAUAAUAACGGCAACGAUUACAACAAUGGUAACGGUAACGGUAAUGGUAACAGUAACAAUGAUGGUAGCAGUGACUAUAAAAUUGAUGGUCACGGUGACAAUGAUGGUGAUCGUGACUGUGACGGUUACACUAACGGUGAUCGUGACCAUGACGGUUACGGUAACGGUAAUGAUGACGAAUAUGGUCACAGUGACAGUAACGAUGAUGACCAUAGUGACGUAACGGUAACGGUGAUGAUAACGGUAAAAGUAAUGGUCACAAUAACAGUGACGGUAACUAUAACGAUGACAAUAAUAGUGACAGAAACGGUGCUGAUAAUGGUGAAUUAA